AUGAAGAGAGUAAUUCUUUUUCUCAAUGGGUCUGAUGUAAAUGGCAAGGUGGCUGUAAUUUUAUUCGUAUUUGUAAUAAAUGUGUUUAUGGUAACUUACUCAAUAAAUGAACUGUUAACAGCAGCCAACUCAAAAUUUAAUAUUACUGCCAAAAGAUUAUUCACUCCUCAAGGUGGAGAAAUUGAUGAUAUUAAAUUAAUUCGAGAUGACGAUGUUUUAUAUGUUUCAUGCGGUGAAGAUUUUAUUACAAAGGAUAAGAUUUGUGCUCAUAACCAACUAAGUAGUCAUUCAGAAUGGAUUACAUUAAAUGUUGGUGGUAAAUAUUUUACAACAACCAGAGAUACCUUAACAAAAAAGGAACCAAUGAGUAUGUUAGCCAGAAUGUUUACAGACACUGGAAGUACAGAACAAAGAAUUUUACCUAGCAGACAAGAUAAAAAUGGUGCAUUUUUAAUUGAUAGAAGUCCUACGUAUUUUGAACCACUUUUAAAUUAUUUAAGGCAUGGACAAAUAAUACUUGAUGCUAAUGUGAAUGCAGCAGGUAUUUUGGCAGAAGCGCGUUUUUAUGGAAUAGAAGGUGCCAUUGAUAUAUUAACUGCAAUGGUGGAUGAAGAGGAACAUCAAAGGAAUGAUUUGGUAUCUUUAACGCGGAAAGACGUACUUAAAGCUAUUAUGUCAACACCUACCACUUCAGAACUUAGAUUUCAAGGUGUUGAUUUUGUUGGUGCUGACUUAUCAAAGUUAGAUCUUAGGAAUAUUAAUUUCAAGUAUGCAAUUAUGCGCGGCUGUUGUUUAGCGGGUUCAAAUUUAUCAGGGUGCUGCUUUGAACGAGCAGAUUUAUCUCGUGCAAAUUUGAAUGCUGCUCAGUUAGUUUGUGUAAAAAUGCUGUGCGCAAAUUUAGCUGGUGCUAAUCUUCGUUCAUGCAAUUUCGAAGACCCAGGUGGUUUAGCCGCUAAUAUGGAAGGUGUGAAUCUUAGAGGUGCCAAUCUUGAAGGUAGUAAUAUGACUGCUGUAAAUCUCAGGGUGGCAACGUUAAAAAAUGCUAGUUUAAAAAACUGUAUUCUUAAAUCAGCUGUACUAGCUGGUGCCGAUCUAGAGUGCUGUGACUUAUCAGGAUCUGAUUUACAAGACGCAAAUUUACGUGGUGCAAACUUAAAAGAUGCUGCUUUUGAAUUAAUGUUAACGCCAUUGCAUAUGUCUCAAGCGAUACGAUAA